GGUACGGGUCGGGCGAUAAGGUUUAUUAAUCGAUGUUUGCGCUUUUGCGAGAUUAGCCGAAUGACCACUUGGCCGUUAAAAAAAGCUCCCAACGAUCCUCAUCCGUUUGAACUUGAAGGGACGGACUUUAAAAAUUAAGUUAGGUGAUGGGCCCUGAUAAAACCCCGAGCUUUAGGCACUUGGAAGAGGCCCAGGCAGAGUUGGACCGCCUCAAAGCUCUAGAAGAAGAAUUAAAACAAGAUCUGUAUGAGACAAAGAAGGCGAAGAAAGUAGAGGACAUCCUCAUCCUGGAGCUACAAGAUGAAAUUGAGUUCUUGGAGAAGGAAUUGAGAAGAAAGCAAGCACAAACUGACUUUCAAGAUGGGCGGAAGAACGAAAAUAAGGAAAUUCAAGCUUUGAAGGAUGAGGUGGCCUGUCUACAAACGCAAUUAGAUGAAGAAGUGGAGUUAGAGAAAACUUUGAUAGACGGCUACACAAAGAAAAUCGCUUUACUGAAGCUGAAACGCGAAGAAAUUUUCAACAUUGAUGAACUGAAAAAUGAUAUCGAAAAGACAAAAAUUGAAAAUGACAAAUUAAAAGUUGAACUUGUGAGUAGAGAGGAAAAAAUAAUAGUUUUGGUUGAAAUGAAAGAGGAAUUGAAAAAUUUGAAAGGCCAGAUUGAAGAGAAGACAUCUGAAAUAAACCAGAUUAAAUCACAUUAUGAAGAGAAUAAAAUCGAGCUGAGUACUAUUUUACAAAGUUUACAGGAUUUACGGAGUAGUAACUUAUCUCUCUCGUCGGAACUAGCAAGUCUCAAGGCAGGUCCAGUUGGUGACAUCCACCGAGGCAACUCACUCUUUGCUGAAGUGGAGGAUUACACAUCCAUCAUGGAACGCAAGCGUACCAUACUCGAGAAUAAAUACAAUAAGCUUAAAAAAUUAAUACAGCAACAGAAUUCUAUAAUAACUGAUCUUAAGAUCAAGAACUCCAAUUUGCAACCUAAAAUCUGCUUAGGCCGAGUCUCUGUUGAAGGUGCUAUUUCAAAACAUAAGGAUGAGAUAAACGCAUUAGAAGUGUCAAUUACUGAACUUGACCGUCGGCCGUACACACCAGACUUGGUAUUUGAAGGAAGAGAGGAAAACCUUAAGUGGAUGCAGACUUUUAUUGACAUAGAGAGCCGGAAGGCACUGUUGGCAGAUGAACAGUUCCGUGCUGUUUCAAGUGAGCUGUACGAUCUUAGCUGCACAGUUUUCUGCCUAGAGGCAGAGUCUAGUACUUUAUUCCUGACUCGACUUUUUGGAUCUCGUGUGUGAAUUGAGCCCCCAGUGUGCCAGUGUUCUUCCAUCAAAGGAACUCAUUUUUGAAGGGGGUUGGGGGCCAAAUCCAGGGUUGCUGAGAACCAUUCUCCCCAGACCUUCCAUUCAUACGUGCCCUGUCAAUUUAUUUCAAUUGCGGCCACCGGUCCCCUUAGACGUCAGAAAAAAAAGUCCAGAGGCAACACUGAGGAUUGAACCCACGACCACGGUAUCUACUAGUGAGUUUGUCGCCUUAACCACUUGGCUACUGCGGUCCUCAACCAAAGAGUUAAUCUUCAUAUACAUUUAUUGUUACUUGACUGGAUUGUCGGAAUAUUGAUAUGGAACAAAUUGGUUAUAUACAAGUUAGCCUUAACUCCCUAGAGCUACCCUAGGUGAGCUUAUUCACAAAACGAACUUAGCUCAAAUGACACUCGCUAAUCAGUCCCCACAUCCUUCAGCCUAUCCUAGUUUUCCCUUACCUCUGCUGUUAGGUCAUUCCUCGACUAUCGACUCUCCUUGUAGUAGGUUGCUCUUUGUCAGUCGACUCUUAACUAGUCUCAGCCCUUGACUCUCCUUAGUGUCUCAACUGGGUGUCUUCACUCUUCUUACUCUCAGUCUGUCUGUAUAUCGUGGAUUCAAUCAUUCUCCAUAUAAUAUAAACCAAUAUAAAAAUAUUGGUUCCCCAAUUAAGGGUGGAGGGUAAGCGAAGUAAAUCUGUUGCACCUGAAGAUCAACAAUGUUGCAUGGGUUGGUCAUACCUGGCCAUCCUUGCAACCAACACCUUACAAUUCUACGAAGCUUCCAUUACACAGCCCUCUGGUUGUUUGCCAAUUGUCCUACAGAGAGUACAAAGCUCAUCUGGUUGAUGACCCUAUGGAAAAUGUUCCUUUGUUUUCUAUUGGGUUGGCGAGCCAUCAUGUUUACAGUUUAAUGUACACCAAUGUUCUGAUCAUAUUUGCUUAAUAGGACUUUGACCGAUAUUUGAAAAUGUUCAGGC